GGCGGGGCCGGGCCGGGCUCUCACCGCCUACAAAUGCGGCUCCCCCGGCGGCCGCCCCCGCCGCCCCCCGCCGCCCCCCGCCAUGGCCUCCCCGCGCCGGCUCCUGGCCCCGCUGCUGCUGCUGCUGCUGCUGCUCGGGCUCAUCCUGGCCGCCCCCGGGCCACUGGGGAAGUCGCCGGACGGGAAGGAUGCCCAGGAUGGCCUCACCCGAAGGCUGGUGCGGCCGCGGGGUGCACGCCGCGGGACCGGCCAGCGGCUCGGGGGCUGGCGGAGGUCCCGGCGGCCCCGGCCGCGGCUCUCCCAUAAGGGCCCCAUGCCAUUCUGAGCCAGGGUUGCCACCAGCCUUCCACGGACACGGCUUCCAUUGCUCGCGCCGCGUUCUUGCCCGAUCUGCUCAUCCUCCGGCCCUCCUGAGCCUGAGGUCCCCUCUGUAAGCCCUCAGCUCGCCCCACCUGCUCCCGGUGGUUGCCCCUGCUGGCCCCGGUGCCAUGUCUGGCACUGCGGUUGCAUUCUGCCCCUCCUCACUGCCUCGCAGGGCCGGCUGGAUGGGGGUUGCCUGCAGAGGGGCCAGGAUAGCUACAAUGCCCUGUCCCGGUGGGCAUGGGACUGGCUCGGGCAUCGGCCCGCUGGGACCACGGGCUUUGUGCACAGCACUUUGUCAGGCAGAGCAGCUUCUCCUCAGGGGUCUGUGCGCUCCCUCAGGGUCCUGCCCCAGCCGUGUCUGUCACCCCCACGCCAGGGGGGAGCACACAGCUUUUCCUGGGUCUAUUUAUUCCCAUGGUGCUCAUCCCAUACCCUGGGUGAGUUGUCCUCCCUUUCCCACUGGCAGACCCACCUCGUGGUGGAGUGGGGUGCCCACCCAGGACACACUGUGGGGCCCUGGGCCCCUCUGCUUCAUGCCAUGGGACAGUAGGAAUGGGGGGACACUGGGGUCUCUCUCAAGCUCUGCCGUACUCCAAAGGAGAGGCCCUGACUCUGAGCUGGGCCCUGCUGAUUGUCUCCUGUGUCUGUAAAGAUUUAUUCCAUGUAAAUACAUCUUUAUAAUAAAGAAUUAUGAUUAUUAA